CUUAAUGUACUAAGUAGCUUCAUAAACAAUUAUUUCCUUUAUAGAUGCGGAGUGCCUGCCCCUCAUCCCAAGGCCCUCUUCUCUUGCUUGUGAUCAGGACAGAUUUAUCGUUACUCAUAUUUGCACUUUACAAGCACAUAUUGAAACCAUAAUGAAGAAGAGCACCAGGACUUUGCGGUUUCAAGGGGUCAAUCCUGACAUUACAGAUGAACGUCUGAAAGAGGUCGCUGUAAACCUUUGCAAAAAGCCACGGAGAAUAUUUUCCAGGUCUGACCCGAAUUCUACCACUUCACCACUACUGGGUACCAGCAUAACGAGGCAGAACGACAGCCAAACAGCGACUAUCACAUAUAGAACGGAGGGAGAGAAGACGCUAGCCUAUAAAACGUUCAGACCUUCAGCCGAGUUCUCAAGAGCGGACGACUGCUUCGAUGGAAUAACUAUGCUCUAUGGAGGAAACGAUGAACCGGUAGAUAUUGACAUCUGCGCAGUCCAUGGGCUUGAUGGCCAUGCAUUCGACACUUGGAUGGCAGAGUCUCAUAUGUGGCUACGAGACCACCUACCUCACAAAUUCCCUUCAAGCCGCAUCAUGACUUUCGGAUACAACUCAAACAAGAUGGCUAGCAACAGAAUCAAUGAGGGUUUGAAGGAUUUUGCCGACACACUGCUCCUUGCCAUAGCAUCCAUCCGAACCUCCGAGGAGCAGGACUGUCCGGUCUUGUUCAUAUGUCACUCCAUGGGCGGCUUCGUUGCUCGUUUGGCCGUGACCUUACAUUGGCGUUUGAAGCAUAAGUACAAGUCGUUCAAGUUUGGCCGCUAUGGUUUGCUGUUUCUAAGCACACCAUAUAUCGGUUCUAAGCUGGUAGCCUACUCGGAUUUAACCCUAGCUUUUGCUUCUUUGGUGGGGGGAGUGCGAAGCCAACUAGUUAGCGAGCUUAGGCCUUUUAAUCCGUCGCUUCCCGGACUCGUGGACGACUGGAGCACAAUCACGCCUCAACCGAUUGUACGGUGUCUAUGUGAGUCCGACCUGACUAAGACAAUGGUUGGCAUGCGACAGGUUGUGGAUCAAGUUUCUGCUGGGUUCAUCGGCGAGAUGGCUACAAAGAUUCCCGGGACCGAUCAUCAUACAGUCAGCAAAAUCGAGCAUUGCCACGGCCAGUCCUGGGAUAUAGUAACUGGUCGUCUCGUCGAGUUGAGAAGAGAGCUGCUGGAGCAAAAUAUAACUAUCGCAAAGGAGCCUGUAAAUGCCCAUUUAGUAGAGGAAAUUCGCGGGGAGAUCAAAGAGCAGACCCAGAGGAACCUUGAUGACCAAAACAAGCGAGAUCUCCUUCAACAGCUGGAGUCUAAAUACGAAGACGACAAAAACGUCAUCCCAUUGAAGGUCUCAGGCACAUGCAAGUGGUUCUUCACGGACGUUAAAUUUUGCCAAUGGCGGGAUAGCAGCUCUUCCAGUCUUCUCUGGUUUUCUGCUGGCCCUGGUUGUGGAAAGACCGUCUUGUCUAAGGCUCUAAUCGACGAACUAUCUACGAAUGUUACGACAUCGACUGUCUGUUAUUUCUUCUUCAAGGAAGGAGAAGGAAGUCGUAUGCAUGCAACUAAUGCUCUAUGUGCAAUACUCCAUCAGCUUUUUACGCAUGGUCCUACUUCUAGCCUGAUCGAAUAUGCACUUCAGAGUUACAAGCAGUAUCCCAAGACUUUGGCCCAGAAUUUCUCCCAACUGUGGCAAAUUUUGUCAAAGUGUGCCGACUCACUGGAUUCUGGGGAGAUCAUUUGCGUCCUCGACGCUCUGGACGAAUGCGAUGCAGAUAGCAGGCAGCAAUUGCUGAACAAACUCGAAGAUUUCUAUUGUCAUUCCCCAUCUAAGUCGUUCUCGAAGCUCAAAUUCCUCAUUACCGGUCGACCAAACUUAUAGGGAUACUUUUCUGGACCCCUGUGUAAUGUGAUUGGGCGAAGGAGGUCAGGGAGACUUAGGGUGCCUAGAAAGAGGAAGACAGAGAGUGAAGAGUAACAACAGAAUCUAGGCAUCAUGUGUAUAUUUUUUCUAUAUUUUUAGCCUCAAAAUUGGAUACGUUAUUGGCGUUGUUGUGAGGAGGGUCAUUUUCGGUGCAGGUGGCCGAUUGUAGGGGGUGGCCGAUUUGGGGGGGGGG